GCUACAGACACUGCCAGCCAUGUCCUGCCUGUAAAAACCACAACAAAAAUACAGUGUUUAGCAUUUUAACGCAAGAGCUGAAUUCCCGCUGUGUUUUCCGUAUACGUUUUUUUUGCCAGAGGUAAAGGCUCCGUUUUUUUUCUCCGGAAGAUGUGCUCCCCCGUACCGGAGAGGUCUGCUGCUCAGCUGCUGAGCGCGGCGCUGCUGCUGCUCUGGCUCUCCGGUUGUUCCAGCAUGGACGUCCUCAUGCCCGGUAGCAUCAACGCACUGAACGGAACGACAGUGAAAAUCCCCUGCACGUUCACGUCCUGCUAUAAGAUGGAUGUUAGCAGGUUUCUCAUGAACUGGACCUACCAAGAAACACUAAAUGAUACAGAAGAGAUGUUCAUGACAUUCAACAAGAAGAAGGGGAUGGUGCCUCUGCGUUCGUACCGGUUUGGAGACAGGGUCAUGUUUGCGGGGAACCUGGAUAAGAACGACCUAUCAAUCACCCUGUCAGAAGUGCAGAUCGAGGAUGAGGGGCUUUACAACUGCUACGUGAGAAACCCCCCCGACCGCAUCCAGGGACACGGCACCAUACGUCUCAAUGUUGUUACCGAACUUCCUCCUCCGAGAGAUUCCACCAUCGCAGUGGCGAUCGGGGCGUCGGUGGGCGGAGCCUUAGCGCUACUGAUCCUAUCCAUGGUGGUGGUGAAAUGUCUCCGUCGACACCGGAAACAGGAACUGAUUUCAGAGGAGAAGAUGGAGGAGGAGGGAAAACUGGAUGCUGAAGGUGUUGCGGAGGAGGGAACGAAACAACCAUAGCGGGGUCCCCUGAUUGGAGCCCUCACCCCAACACCCCCUCAGACAUCUCCCUGAGGAUCUAUAGUUUCCAACAGCUCAAAUCAUCUUCCAACGACACUUUGUCAUGAUCCUUGUUUCGUAUCUGUCAUGUCCUUGUGUUGUGUGUUUUAUUUUGAAAUGUUUUCCCCACUUCUGUCAUGCUAAGCUUCACUCCUGUCUGCGUUUCCCUCCUGUGCCUGACUGUGUCAUUGUGCUCACCUGUUGCUCCUGUGUUUCUCCUCCCCCCAUGUGCAUUUAGUCCCUGUUUCCCUUUUGUCUGUUGUUCGGUCGUCGUCAUUUCUUCCCUGAUCUUGUCCAUGUUACCUGCCUGUUCCUGUCGCCCUUCAUGUCUGGAGCUAAGUGUUUUUCAUGUCCUGUGUUCCCCUUGAUUCGUGUUGUCGUCAACAGCUUUUGAAUAAAGCUCGCUUUUGUUUUUGACCCUUACCUGCUUCCCCUGGAUUUACUGCACUUGGGUCCUGUUUCCCCAACCCUGACAGAACGACCAAACCCAAAAAUGGACCCAGCAGUACUUUUUGAGGAUGCUCCUGUGGAUUUUUCCUACAACAUUUUAUGUAUUUAUGGAGAGUGGAGGAGAGCAGGUUCUAAAGAAGCUCAGGAUGAAGCUCUUCUUCAUGCACGCCGGGAAUUGGCAGCCAAGCCAUGGUUCGAGAACUCACUGCCGGACUAUUUAAGGACCUUUGUCAAUCCUUUCCUUAAACCUCGUGUCACAGCCAUGACGCUUCCUGCAGCCAAGCCUCCUACAGCCAAGCCUCCUGCAGCCAAGCCUCCUGCACCCACGCUUCCCGCUGAAGUUUUGGCCCUAGCAGCCAUGUUUCCAGGCCAAGCCCUGGCCGGCAUGCUCCCAGCUGCAGUCCGGCCGACUCCAGCCCCGCUUGUCCUGUCUGUAGCCCGGCCGACACCAGCCCCUG